GCUUACGCGGCAUGAGUGUGACGUGAUCAGGUUACAUUAACUCAAAAGAUUCGUAUAUUAAUUCACCAAAUAGGACAUGGAUUACUAAUAGCAAUGAUAUAACUGAUAAAGUAACGUUACGUUGUUAUUGACAAUUAUCAGCUGCUUUGUACCUGAUGUCUCGGGUUUUCAGCUUCGGCUGAUCUUGGAAAGUGCGUGUGAGCACUAGAGGGCGCGCGUGCUCAGUGAGUCCCCCUCUUUGAUGUCUGCGCCGGACUCUACUCACUCAGACCUGCGCGUUUGAGGAGCCACACAACUCCAGGAGAACUUGUUUUAGAAAAAGAAAAGGCUACGGGUCGCCACAUUUUUUUUUAGCGACGCGAACGAGCGAGCAAUUUAGCGCAGCAUGGACGAUUUAGACGCAUUGUUGGCGGACCUGGAGUCAUCCACUGCUCAUAUCUCAAAGUGUCCAGUGUUUCUCCCAGAUGAGACGCCUUACUCUUUUCCCAGUAGCGGAAGCCUGCUCCAGGAUGACACUUCCCCUCCUCCUGUGCCCCCUCCUCCAUCUUCAGAGGCUUUGAACGGGUCUCUCCAAAAACAGGCUGACUCCCACCACUCCUCACAACAGUCUCUUGACUCAGCACAAAAAAGUACAUUGUCUCGAGACCGAGUUAGUCCCCCACCACCUCAUACAGAAGAGGACCACGUCUACAGUUUCCCCAACAAGCAAAAGACACCAUCAGACUCCUCAUCAGUGGCCAUGAGCUCUGCACUAGGCAACAACUUGUCUGAGCUGGACCGCCUGCUACUGGAACUCAAUGCUGUUCAGCAGAACACACCAUCCUACACCAGCACAGAAGAUGCAGCUCCCCCACUUCCACCAAGCAGUUCAGCACACUAUAUCCAGGAAAAUGGAGCCCACUCCGGCAUUACCCCUGCUGCCAAGGACAAACCUCAGAGAAAUGGAACCAAAGGGCCAGAAGAAGGGCGUCCAACUGUGGAGAGCCUCCUGAAUGAACUGGAGAGCUCAAUACCUGCCCCAGUGCCUACCCCCUCUGGACUUCAAACAGAGGGGCACUUGGAUGUACCCUCUGAGCAACAGGGUCGAAUGUCAGCCACCUCAGCCACACGAGAACUGGAUGAGCUCAUGGCCUGCUUAUCUGAUUUCAAGGUGCAGAGCAAUAUCAUGGCUCAGGGAAAGGGUCCAAACACACAGGUCAAUAAACUAGACAACAUGCUGGGAAGCCUGCAGUCUGACUUGCAUAAGCUGGGUGUAAAGACUGUGGCCAAAGGAGUGUGUGGGGCUUGCUGCAAACCUAUUGUUGGCCAGGUAGUUACCGCCAUGGGCCGCACGUGGCACCCAGAGCAUUUUGUGUGCUCUCACUGCCAGGAGGAGAUCGGUUCUAGAAACUUCUUUGAACGUGAUGGACAGCCAUACUGUGAGAGGGACUACCAUCACCUCUUCUCUCCUCGCUGCUACUACUGCAAUGGUCCCAUUCUGGAUAAAGUAGUGACUGCUCUGGAUAGGACAUGGCAUCCUGAACACUUUUUCUGCGCUCAGUGUGGGGCCUUCUUUGGCCCUGAGGGUUUUCAUGAGAAAGAUGGGAAGGCGUAUUGCCGUAAAGAUUACUUUGACCUUUUUGCUCCCAAGUGUGGUGGCUGUGCCCGGGCCAUACUGGAAAAUUAUAUAUCUGCCCUGAACAGCCUCUGGCACCCUGAGUGCUUUGUUUGUAGGGAGUGUUUUACCCCUUUUGUGAAUGGCAGUUUCUUUGAGCAUGAUGGGCAGCCAUACUGUGAGGUUCACUACCAUGAGCGACGUGGCUCUCUCUGCUCCGGCUGCCAGAAGCCCAUAACAGGCCGGUGCAUCACGGCCAUGGGCAAGAAGUUCCAUCCUGAGCAUUUUGUCUGUGCCUUCUGCCUCAAGCAGCUCAACAAGGGCACCUUCAAGGAGCAGAACGACAAACCAUACUGCCAUGGUUGCUUUGUCAAACUCUUCAGUUAGACAGAGUCGACAUGGUGUGUGCUUGCCUGUCUGUCUGAGUGUAUUGGAUAUGCAGCAAAGUCGGAGUUGCAAAAGCCUUAGGUUAAGGGGGAGGAAAGAUUUUAGAUAAGAAAUGUAGAGGUUUGAAUUUGUUUUUGGGAAAUGUGUGCAAAUAUGUGCUCACUGGUUGAGUGUGAAAGAAUCUGUUUUAGGAGUGUGGCUUUGGAUCAAGUUUGGAUCGGUUGACCUGUGAAAGUCUUUUCACUAUGAAACAAUGCUUUGUCUUGAGAGAUAGAAAAUGUCACAGUGCCAAAUGUGAUUAUUUGUAAUAAAUGGAUGUCGGGUCAACAGUUUGUCCAUUGUAUUUAGCAUUUGCAAGAAACCAUUUAUAUUACUGUGCCCAGUGCCUUGUUUUCUAUCAGAAAUUAUGAUACAUGAAUUAUACCAAAUAUAAUAGUUUAGCACUUGAUAUGUGCAUUUGUAUGGAGAUUGAUGUUCGUGGUGUGCCAACAAUUACCAGCCCAUAACAAGCCAGCCAUGAUCACCUAAAUAUAUUGAAUAAGAGUAGGUUGGUGAUGAGUGUAAACUUGUGUAGAUAUGGAAUUAUCCCUCUCAUUUUAUGAGAGAAGCCAAAGUUUUUGGUCUUUUUAUUCAGGGCAGCAUACGCAUUAUUGAACUAUUUACCCUUAAAUUCGUGUUGAAAUCACUAAAUACAACAUCUCAAACAUACUUUACUGUAUUUAGAUAACUUGACCUCAUUCUUCUUACUCUUAAUAUUUUUAAUAACCACUUAUUCUCUUUGAUUACUUCAAGCAAAUCAAGGGUUGUUUAAAUAGCUGUGACAGUGCUGUGCAAUUUAUAUUCCUUUAACACAGUAUAUGAUUGGUUUACAGAUAAGUAUGUCUUUCUCUCUGUUUUGCAGACAACUCUGGGCAAUGUUAACUGCUGUAUUGUUUUAUGAUAUUCUAAUGUAUUUUUCUCCUUUUUCUCUUUUUGUGCCUGAAAGUCUUAAGUAUCACUGAGACAUUUUAAAGAAUGGGUUAUGAUUGAUGAAACGUUAGAAAUGUAACACCAGUUUCAAAAUAUCCCCCAAAAUAAAGGUGGGUAUCUCCUUGUAUUUUUAGAAUUAUAGCCUUGACUGCUUGCCAAAAAUCCAGAGAUCUUGUGUAUUGUGAAUGUAGGCAUGCAUGUACAAGAUUACCAGCAACUAACAAUCUUUAUCUGUAUGCAUUAUCCUCUGGGAAUAAAUAUUUUCAUCACUGGUAUAAGGAUGCAUUUCAAACAUAUGGCCUUCUUUUCUUACAUAAUGUAUAUAAAAAUCACUUUUAAUGGAGAUGCUGUGAUGAUUCAGAGAUCUUUCCCAUCUCAUUCUUCUUGUUGUUCUGAGAGCUAGGUGCCAAGAGGACUCAACAGUCCAUAUGCCUCAGAGAUUAUUUAUAACACUGGUUUUAACGGUUUUCUCCUUUUUCUUUUAGCAUGCAUUUUUUGUCAUAAAGAGGGCUUCAAUUUUUCUUUGUUUAAAUUGUUAGUCUAUUUUAGUGGCCCUUCAUUUACUGUGUCUAUUUACCCAAUGCCAAACUGCAAGUAUACAUUAUUUUCCAUAACUGUCAUUUUGUUCUGAGUCAUAGUAACUGGCUGAAUUCAUACUGUUAUCAAUAAAAUGCAUUGAUGUUUUCAUGCACUUUGUUGAAUCGUAGCCUUGGUGUUCACUCCAUGUAUCGGGGCAAUUUCAGAAUAAAUUUGUCGGUGGAUCAUGUAUAAUGUUCUGAUUGAAAUUGUGUUAGGUUAAAUUAUCCAAUUGAGUUUUCAGCAAAAUUUUUUCAUGAAUCAAAUCCUCUGAAUAGUGUUAAUCUGGGGACUUAACCCUUGUGCGUCCUUAUGGACAUUUUACUCUUUAUCGUUUUUGUUUUUUAUAAUUUUGUCUGUGUUAAUGCAAAUAGCAUACAUUUUGCAAAAGGUGUGUAUUUUUAUUGGAAUUUUAAUAUUUCACUCUUAUUUGCUUUCAUAAAUCUAUUUUAAACUAGAUACACAAAAUAGUUACAUUCAGGACCUUAAGGAUCUCCCCAUUGAAUCUCCCCAUUGAAACCUAUUCAAACUGUAAAAUUUUGUCCCCGUGACAUUUAAACAAAAAAUCAUGCAUUCUGUGUUAAUAGGCUUUUAUUUUGUUGACAAGGUUUUAAAACAUUUGAUUUUUAAAAAAAAACAAUUUCUGAAAUGUGUACUAUUUUCUCAGGUUUAACCUAUGGGGAAAAUACAGGUGCAUCUAAAAAUAAAUUUGAAUAUCGUUACUUUUUUCCAUAAUUUAAUUCAAAAAGUGGAACUUUUAUAUAUUCUAGAUUCACUACACACCAAGUGAAAUGUCGAGCCUUUUUUUGUUUUAAUCUUGAUGAUUAUGGUUUACAGUUUAUAGAAAUCAAAAAUACAGUAUCUCAAAAUAUUACAAUAAAGAAUUUAUAAUACGGAAAUGUUGACCUGAGAAGAGGUCUGAUCAGCUAAUUAACUCAAAACACCUGCAAAGGUUUCCUGAGCCUUUAAUCUCUCAGUCUGGUUCAGUACACACAAUCACAAUCAAUUUUCAGAUGAAAGUAAAUUUUGCAUUUCAUUUGGAAA